CACCUUCUUCACACCGCCAAACCCAUCAAUCAAUUCACAUUUCCUCCAUUUUCACACACAUUCACACACCGCCACUGCGAAAUCGCUCUCUCCGCCGGCCGCCGCCGCUCUCCGUGUGUGUGCGCGCGUGCAAUCAUCGUAUGUGUUUGAGGAGAGGAGGACGCAAUCACACAUCGAGCUGUGUGUGUAAUUUAUACUGAAAUCCGAAUUCGGAAUUCAGUCGGCAUUGGAUCGUGAUCUGCGCGAUCGGGUUGUCAAAUCGGAUCUGGAUUCUCCGCGCCGGGAUCGCACAUUCCGCAAAAAUAAUGGCCGAAACGGAGGUUUCAAAUGUGGCGUCUAAAAUGGUUGCAAUUGAGGAGAUAUGUGGGUUGGACAUGAGCUCUAACCAGGAUCUACUCAAGCCCGACAGCAACGGUAACAACCACCAUGACCAAGCCAAUGAUCUGGAUCACUCAUAUAUUUUCGUUACUGGGUCUGAUGGCCUCCCUGAUGAUACUCUCGAUGACAAGGGUGUGGCUGUUGGGGGUUCUAUUGUUCCGCCUCCACCUGAGGAUUCCCAAUAUAAAAAAGUUGGUGAAUUUUGUGAGGAAGCUCCACACCUGAUUGAGGGGGAGAAUGGGGAAGUUGAGCCGAGCAACGGCCACUCUCACCUAGUAAAUUAUAUUACCUGCAAUCAUGAGAGUUCCCAUGAGAAUGGACAGGGGGUCCAAGUUUCUGUUACUGACUCUGUGGAGGUGAAUGCUAAUAAGAGUGAAAGUUUGUUGGAAGCUGAAGUUGAACUUGUGGAUUCAGAUGGAAUAAGUGAAAGCUUGGCAAAAGCUGAGGGGUUCCACGUUUCUGUUGCUGAUCCUGAGGAGGUGCAUACUGGGGAACCUGGAAGUGUGGCAGAAGCUACUGUUAAGCAAGUUGAGGAUUCAAUUUCAAACGGAAAAUCUGAAAGCAUGCCGGAAGCUGAGGUAGAGAAGGCUUUUGAUCAAAAUGGAGGAGUUGAGGCUGUGGAAGAAGGCAAACAAGAGAAUGUUGAUGGUGUAAAAAUAGCAGAGUACUCUCCUUGUCUUGUUGAGAAUCAGGAAACUCAAGUUGGGGCUUUAGAGUUGGUAGCAGAAGUAGAAGAUAAUGGAGAAUCACGUACCAAUUUUUCGAACAUCAAUGGUUCCCAUAGUCCCGAUGAUGGUGAAAAUCAAAGUAACACAAGUGUAACUGAGGCAUUGGUACAACAAAGCUCUCAAGACAUGGUUGUGGAUGAAGAUAAGCAUGAUUUGCAAAAUGUUACUAUGGAGGCUGAGAAUGAUGCAAAACCGACCUCAGAAGCUGCAGAACAUGAAGUUCCUACAUCAACUUCCCUGGGUUUGGAUUCAGAACCGUUUUCAGUUCAUAAUAUGGACAAGAUCCUUGAGGAGGAGGCGAAGACAGACUUGAGCUCGGAUAUACUUGAAAAUCAACAGGGUGAUGACUCUGGGUUUAGCAACAUUGCUCAAGAUAUGGUGGGAGAAACAGAUGAUCUAAAACCUGUUGUGAGUAGUACUGAUUCUCAUGUGCAAACUACUCAUGACUUGGUUCUAGAAGAAAACAACGAGGACUUGCCUGUACCUGAAGUUGAUAAUGGCGCACAAUGUCAUGAAGAAUCACAGGAACUCCCGGCUGUAUGCAAUGCUGAUUCUCAAAUGCUAACCACUUGUGACUUGGUUUUAGAUGAAAAAAGUGAAGAAUCAUCUGUGUCCGAAGUUGAAAAUGUGGCUAAAUGUGAUGAGAAAUCAGAGGAAGAACCUGUGGUGAGCAGCACUGCUUCUCAAGUGCCAAAUAGUCGGGACAUGGUUUUAGAAAAAAAAAAUGAAUACUCAUCUGUGUCUGAAGUUGAAGAUGGUAUUCAAUAUCAUGAAGAAUCUCAAGCACAGCCUGUGUUGAGUAGUUCUGGUUCUCAAGUGCUAACUACUCGUGACUUGGUUUUGGAAGAAAAAAACGAAGUCUCAUCUGUAUCUGAAGUUGAAGAUGGUAUUCAAUGUCAUGAAGAAUCUCAGGAGCUACCUGUGGUGAGUAGUUCUGAUUCUCAUGAUGAAACUACUAGUGACUUGGUUUUAGAAGUAAAGAAAGAUGAUUUGCCUGUAUCUGUAUCUGAAGUUGAAGAUGGUAUUCAAUUUCAUGAAGAAUCUCAGGAGCAACCUGUGGUGAGUAGCUCUGAUUCUCAUGAUGAAACUGCUAGUGACUUGGUUUUAGAUGGAAAGGAAGACGACUUGUCUGUAUAUGUAUCUGAAGUUGACAGUGGUGCUCAAAAUACCAAAGGAUCUCAGGAACAACCUGAUGUUUCUGGAGUAUCUGAUGAUACUUUGCCAGCUGAAACCUCAACUGAGGUUUCUGUCCAAACUGAAUGCUAUCCAACAGCAGAUGUUCAUGCACCUCAAAGUGAACUUGAAGUUUCUGAUGUUGCAGAAAUUGGAAAAUUCUCUUCUCCUUCAGUUGUUGGUCUAGAAUCACAAAUCGUUGAGCAAGUAGUUCCUGCUCAUGACAGUGGGAUAAGGUGUACUGUAGAGGAGGCAAGCUCAGGAUCUGACGGUGUGCUUGACAUGGUGGGUCCAGAAAAGGAAAUAGCAUUUGAAGGCGGUGAGGCCCAUUCUGAAUCUACAGUCUCAAGUGGGAAAUCAGAAGUUGGAGAUAGCUCACCAGAAACACUUGAUGUGAAAUUGGAACCUGAUGCUCAUGUUCCUGACUUUUCUGCCAUUAACAGUGGCGAAAAGAUUGAUGAUGUGACUGUCUCUUGUAGAACAGAUGAUUCUGAUAGCAGCAAUGCUCGUGUAGUGGACCUUGAGUUGGAGGUAGAUGGUGUUGAAGAUGUGGCAGAUCAACUGGCAGGUGCUCCAGAGAACCUGCUGGUGCAAGAGAAAGAGAACACUGAGAAUUCUCAGAACGAAGAGACCUCAGUGUCUUCAGCAGGGGUGUCCACUACAAGUACUACUGAUGUAGAAGACAAAAGUAUCAAGGCUAAAACAAAGCCAUUCAACUUUCUGAUUAGGACUCCAAGAUUUGAUGAUGAAAGUCUUAGAGAACAAAUCAGACUUGCAAAGAUACAAGUUGAUGAGACGACAAGACUCAGGGAUGCUGUUCAACUUCAAAUCCAAGAGAAAAGACAGGCCAACACUCAGAUUCAUGGUAUCGAUUAUGAGUAUGCCAAGAGUGAAGGCAGGAAUGCUCGAAAGUUGGUCAGGUCAAAGCGCACAGAAAUAGAUUCUCUUCAGUCUGUGAUCAACAAGGCAAAGAAUGCAUUAUCUAUUGAGGAUAUUGAUAAACAGAUACAUAAUAUGGAACAUAUGAUACAACAUGAGACUCUUCCCUUGAAGGAAGAAAAACAAUUUAUUCGUGAAAUCAAGCAACUGAAACAACUUCGUGAACAAUUGUCUUCUAACAUGGGUAGCCAAGAUGAAAUCAAGAAGGCUCUUGAGCAGAGAGAGGAGACUGAAGAGCGCUUAAAGAUUCUAAGGAAAGAGCUUGAUGUUCUAAAGAGUAGAGUUGUAAAGGCUGAAGCAACUGCUGUGGAAGCUGGCAAAAAAUAUGAUGAUGAAAACAGGAAGGUUAAGGAACUCCAAGCUCAGUUUAGGGCUGCCAAUGAUGUCCGACAAGAAGCCUAUGCUCAGUGGCAGGAUUUGAGAAAAGAACUCACAAAAAAGAGCAAAUACUUCUUCAAGUACAAGGAUGCUGCUGCUGUUGCCAGCAAUUAUGCAUAUAGCAGGGAUACAGAAGCACUUUACCUCUUGUGCAUGAAUCAGGUUGAAAGUUUUAUGGAGCUGUGGAAUACGAACCCUGAGUUCCGUAGCGACUACGCCAAGUUCAAUGCAAGGAGUAAUGUCCGGAGAUUCGGGACUUUGGACUGUCGUUCACUUGGACCUGACGAGGUACCACCUGUCGUACCCAGUUAUGCUAAUGAGAGAGGUAACAAGAGGGUGGUGGUGUCAACGCCAGCCAAGGUUGAUCUAGCGCCACAAGUUCCAACUACGGAGCUAAAUCAGAAAAUACCUACUGAGAAAAUGACCGUAGAUACUAAAUCAAUCAAGAAAGCGACGGAACCCAAGAACCAGAAAGUAGUAAACGCGCCUGCUGUCACUGUACAAGAAAACGGGCCAGAUACUCAUACUGUAAGCCACCUUGUCGAUGAGGAGCCGGUCAAAUCUAGGGAGGAGAUUGAGUUGAUAAGGAAAGCGGAAGAACUGAGAAGAGAGGAAGACGCAGCAAAGCUGAAAGAGCAACGCCGCCUGGAGGCACUUGCAAAGGCCAAUGAGGCACGCGAAAGGAAGAAGCGGCAAGCAGAGAAGAUGCAGCAAAGAGCCGAACUGAAGACACAGAAGGAGGCAGAACAGAGAGAAAAGGAGAGAGAGAAGAGACUGAGAAAGAAGGAAAGGAAGAAGGCUGUAGGAACAGACGCUAACGAUAUCACCACCAACAACAACUGUGAAACAGCGGCAAGCUCUGAAAGCGCCGCUGAGAAUAAUAGCAAGGACGUAGAUGUGAAGGAGACGACUACUGCAACGACCAAAAAGGCUCAAAAGCCUUGGCUGGCUGCGAAGCACAGCAAGGGAAAAUCCAUCCCGCCACCUCUUCGAAACAGGAACAAGAAGAAACUACAGCAGUGGAUGUGGGUGGGCAUCACAAGCAUUAUUAUUUUAGUUCUUUUCUGGCUGGGAAACAUGGGUAUGUUCUCCAACGUCGCUCUCAAGCGCCGAGCCCCCGUUUACUAACUUUCUUUCGCCUCAGCCGAGCCGGAUAUAAUCACGGGUUUUUCGAUACAUAUAGAGCCGGAUUCACAUAAUUUCAUCCCCUAUUCGGAUCAACCAUCUUUAUUUAGCUUAUAGUUAUGGAAUAUCUCUGAGUUUUAUAGUUUAUAUACAAGACAGGUUGAUAGUGAGAGGUUUUCUUGAUUUGUAUGGAACAUAAACAUUUUAAUGGUGGUGUUGUUCGGAAAAUGCCACUGGGUAUACUAUGAUACGAUUGGUUCACUUUCUUUUCUCAA